AGUCCUAAUCCUCCGUGUGCUGAUGUGUGGUUGUCUACGCUCCGUGCACAGCACGGACAAAUGCCACCAAACCAAACGCAAUCUCUGCUGUCACCCUGGUGAAAAAUGUGCCUCGCUGUGGUAAAAGAGGACCUGUGGAGGCCAGCCAACCUGACGUGACACUUUACAAACUCCGCAACUGUACUCACCAUGUUGCUGUAGAUUUCAUCUGCCAGGAUCGGCACACGGUUUCUGGAGGCCACUGUGGAGGAAGAUUCAUGGAUACUUCAUGAAAUUCAUCUACAGAGAGGCAUUGAAUUGUCCGUGACCUCCUGGCUGAAGCUCCACGAUGUCCAGAUCGCCUUCUUCACUGCUUCAGCUGUCCCGCCUGGGUUUGAGACUUUGCGCGGCCCCUUCCGUUCCUCUCGCGCACACCUUACGCCGCUCUCUUGUGCCCGCUGCAAGCUCCCCUCACAGCACCGACGUCAAGGUGCGCUCCUACUUUCAGUACAUGAAACGCAAGAUGAUGCCCUCUCCCACUCCUCCGUACCAUCACGUGUGUCAGGUCGGUGAUCCAGUGCUGCGGUCUAGAGCUGCAGCUGUUGACCCUUCCUCGAUUAAAGGUCCUGAGGUUCAGAAAGUCAUCACCACUCUUGUCAAAGUGAUGCGUAAACUUGAGUGUGUUGGACUGAGUGCCCCACAGAUCGGGGUUCCACUCCGAAUCCUGGCCUUGGAGUACCCUCAAAAGAUGUUGGAUGAGAGUUUGCCCGCGUCAAGGAAAGGCCGUGGUCUGUCUUUCCAGCCACUGAGAAUAUUUGUCAACCCCCAGCUAAGGGUGCUGGACAGGACACAAGUGCUCUUCCAGGAGGCCUGUGAAAGCAUCUCAGGCUUUUCUGCCACAGUUCCCCGCUUCCUGUCUGUGGAAGUAUCAGGCCUGAACGAGACCGGAGAAGGUGUAACUUGGCAGGCCACCGGAUGGCCGGCUCGGAUCCUGCAGCAUGAGAUGGACCACUUGGAUGGCGUUCUCUACAUCGACCACAUGGACAGCAAAACUUUCAUCAAUGUCAGCUGGCAGGCGCACAAUGAAUAGAAACCCUCACAACACACAGUCAUGGAUUGGGGACAGUCAAAUACUACGAACAGUAAAAUACAGAGAAAUGUCUACAGGAGGUGCUUGCAGUACUCGUGUCGUCCUAAAGGGUUUUGAGCAUGCGUCAGCUAAAAGGUGCUUGUCAUUGCCGUCCUUCCAUAGAGAGGAUUAUUUUUGACAGCAGCAGCACCAGUGGGAGAGCAGCAAGUGAAAUGCAUGAAUGAAUGAAUGAGUAAAUGAAUGAAUUUCACUGCCAAGAUGGAGGAUUAGCUUUCCAAGCUCAGCAGGAGUUGAUUAGACUUUUACAACAAAGUAUCAAAGCUUUUCCUGCAGAAUGAUAGGGUGCUUGUACUGUACUGGUACAAAACCGUAAAUGUUUCUCAGUUUCUAAAAACAA